GCGAGGGCCUCGCUGCCGUAGGACGGCGCUGGGGUGCGCGGUCGCGUCGCUAUGGGGAGCGUGCGCUGGGCCUUCCCCUGCGGCGCCUGGCGCCCCUGCCGCCAGGAGUGGCUGCUGGCGGCGCGGCUGGUGCAGCCCGAGGAGAAGGACCGCAUCGGCCAGUUUGUCUUUGCCCGCGAUGCCAAAGCCGCUUUGGCUGGUCGCCUGCUGAUACGGAAAUUAAUUGCGGAAAAGUUGUGCAUACCUUGGAAUGAAAUACACUUGCAAAGGACUUCAAAAGGAAAACCUUUCCUGGCAAAUAACGAAUUCAGUAUCUAUUCAAAUUACAACUUCAAUGUCUCUCAUCAAGGAGAUUAUGCGGUUCUUGCAGCUGAGCCUGAGCUUCAAGUUGGCAUUGAUAUUAUGAAGACUAAUUUACCAGGUAGUAGCUCAAUUCCAAAUUUCUUUCGCAUCAUGAAGCGACAGUUUACUGAAACAGAGUGGGGUGUAAUCAAGUCUAUGAGUAAUGAAUGGAUGCAGUUGGAUAUGUUUCAUCGGCACUGGGCCUUAAAGGAAAGCUUCUUAAAGGCUAUUGGAGUUGGAGUUGGCUUUAACUUGCAAAGAAUUGAAUUUAAUGUGUCCCCAUUGCAACUGGAAAUAGGAAAGGUGUAUAAAGAGACAAAAAUGCUUCUGGAUGGUGAUAAAGAAGAAGAGUGGACGUUUGAGGAAACACGGUUAGAUGACUAUCAUCAUAUUGCAGUGGCUCUCGGGAAACAGGAGGGAUUUGGACAGAAGCAUUCUGAUGUAUGUUGCAUGGAGCCUAACGAACCACAGUUUACAUUAUUGACUUUUGAAGAUUUAGUUGCAUCUGGCAUUCCAGUCACACCUGAGGAUUCUGCAUAUUGGGAUAAUUUUUGUUCUAAGCAAGAGACUCCAGUGAAACAGAAUUCACAUUCAAGAUAUGAAUGCUUAUAAGAAAAAGAAAACUGUCAAAAUUUUUAUACUGUUACUCUAUAAUGAUAGAAUAUAUUUAAUACAAUGUUACCAUUACUGUUUUCACCUUUUUAAAAUUGGCAUUCUUUAUCAAUAUCUUAACAAAGAUGCGUGUUUGUUUGCUGAAGAAAUUCUGACUGAGAAGUCUAAGCUGGCCACAUGUUUUUUUGCUUCUCAUGCCUGUGUUUUUUUACACUUCGGUAAUUACCCAUGCUAGGAACAGGGAGCAGAGCUACAAUAAUGUUGUUGACUAGUCAACAAGUGUUUAAUGUAUAAAAAUGUUUCCAUACUUCGUUUAUGCUGAAGCUUAAAUGAUGACGCUGCCUUUUCUCUUACAAAAAAUAAUUUAUUCUCAGAUGAAUAAAGCCAGAAUAAUUGGUACAAAUUCUUUUGCUGUUACUGUAUGGUGCAAGUGUUUGUACAACACUGCAUAAUAGCAGGCUGAAGAGGUCUGAGUCUUAGUAGGCUUGGAACUACAUCUGCACAAAACCAGUUUAAGGCAGGGAAUUAACUUGUGUGUCGUGUCCUUUCCCUUAGAAUCAUUGUGAAUUAAAGCUUCCUGUAUGUAACUUACAGUUUGAUUUAUAACAGUUCUUUUUGUAUUUGUUUCCUCAGCAGUAGAUAUGAGCCAAACAGCAGUUCAAUUUUUCUAGACUUGCAUUUACAUCUGUACUGUCCUAAACACUAAGUUAGGGUGGAGGCAGGGGAAAAAAACCCCCAAAACUAUGAACUUUUUUCCAAAUAGUCUCAUAACAUCUGAAGACAGAAUAUUUUACUGUCUUACAGUGAAUUUAAAUUUCUGGAGGAGAUCUGUGUUUUUCUUUUUUCUCCAAAACUGCAAAUCAGUGAAGUAGUGACUUUUCUCCAGAUUCCACAGGCGUUAAAUUAAAUGUUCAGUAGCUUCAAAUCUGAAGUUAACAGAAAUAUAGAAUAAUUUAUAUACAAAUUGUAAGGCAAGUAUUCCAGAUUGGUUUUAAAAAGUGAAUUACAACUUGCGAUAAGUAAUUGCCACUCCAUGGCGGCCAGAAAAGGCUAUUCAGUGGAUAUGUAACAGUGUCACUUACUGGGAUAGGAUAUUUUUAAUUGAUUCAGUUGACUCAGUCUUACUCUGUUCUAGCUGAAGUGGACUAUAAUCCCAGAUGGGCAAGCACAUGAAGGUUGCCUAAGAACUGAGAUAAAUAGAACUGUCGCCAAGCUGAAAUAAAGGACUUGUUCUGCCACAGUUUUUGGAAGUCUGCAGAAUAAGGAGGCCUAUUCGGAGUACAGGGGGCUGGAGAGUGCUGUUCCAUGGCUGGCUGGCUGUUAACUGGUCCAGUACAUGCCAGUCCUCACCAGUCACUGAGGACCCCAUCAAUUGCAGCUGUACUAGCCAGUUUAAAUUGCCAACUUUUUUGCUGAAACAAUGAAAUGAACUGCAAAUAUGGGGUGAGAUGAAUAGAGAAUUUUCGGAUCUAGAUUUUGCAGGAUAAAGGAAUUCAUUUCAUACUAGAGAUGAGUUAUUUCUGCAUGGUGACAGUGCCCCAAACCAGAAUUUUUAUCUCAUUGGGAAGAGUUUUAAAAGUAUUAAAUUAUUUUUAAUAUUGUGCUUGCAUAUAAGUAGAGGACAAACCAAUUUUGUUAAAUUAGAAAAUUACACUUGAUUUGCUUGCCAGGAAUAUGGUAAAUUUCUGGACUAUAUGUAAUUGGAAAGAUUACAAAACCAAAACCAGCUUGUUUUUAGCUUUCCAUGAAAUAAAAUUCUAGUUUUUAAUGGGCAGACAAAUAUCUAGAAGAUUGCAGUUCCUCACAUUAUAAUUUUUCCAUGGCUUUGAUGUACACUAAGCUAUUUGAAGAGUAGGAUUAAUCUCUUUUUUUUUUUUUUUUUUUUUUUUUUUUUUAACCUUGAGUAGCAAUAAGGUUAGGUGAUGGUAAUACCUUGUGAAGAGCCACUUGAGUCAGGUUGUUUAGUGUCAUUGCAAAUGGACAGAAAUUUUACACUUACUUUUACUGCUGUGGGAAAGAGCAGCUGUAUAGUUAUGAAAUUAUCAGCUAAAAGCAUGCUGCUAAAGGGCCAGCAGGAUCCUCUGACUCUUUAAGAAGGAUCAUUCACGUUCAUAAAGUCAUCAGAGGCACGUGCUGAAAUAAAUGUUCCUAGCUUGUUCAGAUAAAUUAAUGUACUAAGAUUUUUUUAUUUCACCAUCACACUUCCCUUUAUAUAAAAAACUGAGUCCUGUAGCCACACAUGGCCAUAACACUGGCUUCCUUGCGUUUCCUCAAAAUACAGUCUUAGUCUCUAUAGGGUCUCUACCGUUUUCAGAAAUACUGGUCUGGCACAGCUCCAGCUUCCCUUAGUAGUUGAAGUUGUUGGCCCAGGCCAGUGCAGAUGAGCUGACCUUUGCUGGUCUCCUGUCACUUUUCUAUCUGCAAGAAAUUUCCCAGUUGUGUCUAGAAGCCCUCUAGCCUUCAGGUAUCUUUUCCAGAACUCCAUUCCUUUAUCUGUUUUGUUUCUAUAUAAUGCCCUAGACAUGGCCAUACCAUGUACCUGGAUCCUAGAGGGUAAGAAGCUGCAAAAACACAAGCUCUGCCCCACAUGACCCUUUCCCAGCCUUUUUCCCUAUGGAACAGGUUUGACCAUCCUCCCUGUUUCUCAAAGUACAGAUUCAGGUCUUAGAUCAGAUCUGCUGCCCUAGACUACGAAUCAACCCAAUGUUUCUGAGGAGUAGCUAUUAACAAUCUCUGACCUAAAAAUAGAAAAAAAGUUUUUAAAAGUUUUGGUCUUCAGUGAAAAGAUUGUAAAAAAUGAAUAAACAUGCUUUAGUUUGGACAUAUGCUUAAACCUUUUUUUAUUUUGCAUGAAACUAAAAUUGUUUGAGUGGAUUAGGAACUGUGUUCAAGACAGUUUGCAGCUGUGUGACCAGAGACUGGUGCCAUUUGAUGUGAAAAUCUGUGCCUUUGGAAAGUGGAUCAUAUGAAUUUAUUCUUAGCCUUUCACAAAGUCUGUAAACCUAUGCAAGAUGUUUAUUGUCUAUAUUAUGGGAUUAAAUGCACUGAUGUUAAUAAAAUGUACUGAUCUUAGAGAAGAAAUCGUAGCUGUAAUUUGUAUGUUCUUGGAAACAUCCAAGCAACAGCUCACUUUUAAACAAUAGUUUUUACCGAAGACAUUGCAAUAAAGCCACGAGCUCCAAAGAAAAUCAAGAAUGGAAGGAAAAAAUAGCUAUUCAAGUGAGCAUGGACUGUCUCUUUGUUGGAGCUUUACAAGAUUAUAGUACUACAUUCUACAAAGAAGGUAAGUGGUUCUUGGGCAGAAUUGAUACAACCAAGUCUAAAACAGUGAUUCAGACUUCUCUCUUAACCACUGCCUAAUUUUGCAGGUGGCUGUACCUGCUAAUUUGCACUUCAUGUUUCUCCAGAAUACGGGUAUUUUGGAUAGCUCUACACUGUAUAGAAAACGUAAGCAUGAAAAUAAAUUAUGAAUUCCUCUCAAGUGAGCCAGUAUUUUAAAAGUUUUUGGAAAAAGUAACUUUUUGCAAUAUGUUAUUUUCUUGCGCUGUACAUACAGGUUUUUAUGGCCAGAUAUUGUGUAUGACUCUAUUUCUACUAAGAUUGAGUUUAAUUUCUUUAUCGAAAUAAAAAUCAGGUUAUUUUGUA